AGAGCAAGGGCGCGGACGGGGAGCGGCGUCCCGGUGGUGGGAAGAGCCCGUCACCCUGAGGCUGGGAGGACGUUUCUAGCCAGGCUCUGGCAGCGACAGCCCCGUUGCUGUGGCAGCGAGGGCCCUUCAAGGCAGACCCUGCGCGGGCGGAGGGGGGGGGGGAGCCCCUGUCGCUAUAGUAACGGGGGCCUUCCUCUGCGGGAGACUCACAUCAUGGCGGCGCCUUUGCUGAUGGCGGCGCGGUGCGGUGCGCGGGCCUUCGGCACGGCCGAAAAGCCAGCUAUGGAAAAGAAGGCACUCUCAUCUCCUGCUCACCAGCUGCACAAGAACUUUGAAGAUGAUCCUUUGGCAGGGCUUUUAUCUAAUGAGGAGCAGGAUGCUCCCAAAAAGCCAUCUUCAACUGGCACUAAAAGCAGCUCUGAAAAGAACACAGAACAGAGCAAAGAAAAAGAGCCACCUCAGAUGCCCCUGCACACCAUGGCACCAGUCCAGAGGAGGGAGCUCACAUUUGAAGAUGAUGAUGAAGACUUGAUGGAUGCACUGGGGUUUGGGAGUGGCCCAAAAGGAGGUGAGAAAGAGGAGCUCUGUCCAGCCCACUCCAUGGUAGAUGAAGUGCUGGGACAAGGCUCCAUGGACAAAAUCCUGAAACAGCCAGGCAAGGGAGAGCACAGGGAUUUCAAACUGGAUAAAAAAUACCAAAACCAGCCAAAGAAGGAAGAUGGAUGGGACAAGGAGGAUUUUGACUUUGGAGCAUACCGGCCCACAAUGGCCUCCAUGCCCAGUGGCCAGCUAGGGAGGAGGCAAUCUGUGAGCAGGUUUUCUGCUGAGACCAUCAGUGAAGCAAAACCAGAACCUUGCCACAAACCUUCUCCAGCCAGCCAGAACCCUGUGUGGGGCAGCAGGAAUAGAGGAGACUGGCUGGGUUUGAAAGAUGAGGCUUUUAUGGAUUCAGAGCUGUCAUCCCCAAUGAAAGCCAGUCCCACAGUGAGCCACCCCAGCCCUGCCACAGCCAGGCAGCACCGCUCCACCAGCCAGCUUCCGGCAGCAGAGAAGGCAGCACCUCAACCUGUCCCACCAGAGGAGGAGGAGGACUGGCUGAUGGCCCUGUUGGCUCGCAAGAAAGCCCAAGCACAGGCAAAGACCCAGGAGAGAAAUGCCAAGCCUUCAGAAGCUCCAGGCAAUGGGCUGGAUCCCCGGUCUCCUGUCAGGAAGCUGGUCCCCUGGCUCAGCACCGCAAAACAGGACUCAGCUCACCCGUUGGAGUCUGUGCAAGGGGAUCCCACCAGAGAUGACAGCGCCCUGGUCCCUACAACCACGAUCCCACAAGAGCAGAAGAUGCCAGUCCCUGCUGUGCUCACUCAGGCAGAUUCUGCAGCCCCAGGCUUGCUACAUGAGAGGAGGCUGGGAGCUCCCACAACCCAGCUCUACAAGGAUGCAUCAGGCUGUCAUGCAGAGCUCCUCAGGGCCCAGGCCCGUGUGGCAGAGCUGGAGAGCCAGGUCCAGAUGCUGGAGAUGGAGCGGGCUCAAUACAAACUGAUGCUGGAGCGUCUCCAGCAGCGGCACCAGGCAGACCUGGAUCAUCUCGAGAGCACGUACAGGACAUUGGUCCAGGAGAUGCGCAAAGACUACGAAGAGCAGCUCCAGCAGCUGAAACGGCUGAAAGACCUGGAGAUUGAUGCAGUGACCAGUUCGACCUCACAUACCAGGUCUUUGAAUGGUAUCAUCGAGCAGAUGGAGAAGUUCUCCAGCAACCUGCAUGACCUCUCCCACAAGGUGGAGGCCAUGCACCAAACCACAUCCCAGGAACUGGCACAGCAGUGGGACAAGCAGCUCAAAGUGCUCGAGGACAGGCUGUCACAACAGAAGAGGGACAUGGAGGAGGAGCGGAGCCAAAUCCAGGAGGUUAUCACUAGAAUGGAGUCCAGGCUGAGUGAGCAGGAGAGAUGGAGGCUGGUGGCAGAGCAAUCCAAAGCAGAAUUGCUGCAACACUCACUGGAGGAGCAGCGGCGAGGCAUGACCCAGCAGCUUUCCAUGGAGCGAGCAGAGCUGGAGAGAGAGAAGAGUGCAUUGCUGGAGGAGCGACAGAAGCUGAAGCGUGAUAUGGACCGAACCCUGCAGAUGGCCUCCCAGAGAGAGAGCACCAUCAUGAGCCUGGCCAAGGAGCAGGCAGAGCUGAAGAUCCAGAGCCGUGAGUUGAAAGUGAAGGAGAAUCACUUGUUGAGGGACAGGGAGCUGCUGGAAGAAGCAUGGCAGGAGCUGAGGCGUGAGAAGGAGAAGGUAAACAGGGCCGCACUGUGCAUCCAGAACCGUGAGGAGGAGAUUAAAAGCACAACCAAGGAGCGGCUGAGCAUGGCUCGCCAGAGGAAACAGCUUGAACAGCUACGUGAGGUGCUACCCAGGAACCCUGUGAUGCUGCAGACUACGGGCAAGGACCUCGGUGCCGCUAUGAAAGGCCUUUCCACCACACUGCCGCAGGCACUACGCAAUGUUACAGGCUUUCUGCCUCCUAUCCAGGAAGCCCUGUCCAUGGCCAGCCCCACUGACCGCUACAUCAACCUGCUGCUGCUGAACUACAGGGCCCAGCAGGACCACCGUUUCUUAGAAAAUGAGCGUAUCUUCCUGGAGAGCCUGAAGAAAGCGCCCUACACCGCUUGAACCCUGUCAUAGUGAGGAGGAGGCAGCCCUACACACUACUCUGUGAAUGGCUGUGUCCAUCUUCUUCAGGAGGCCACCAUGCCCUCUGCAUGGGCUGGGAACGACAAACAUUAAAUAAUCCGAGUUUUCAUGGAGGAACUGUCCUUUUCUUUAAAAACAGUCUUGGCAUGUUC